AUGGCUCGUAAAAAGUUUUUAAAUUUGCAAGAGGAUGAUGAGCAACAUCAGGUAGAUGGAAUAGAUCAGCACGCAUCCGAUGAAGAAGAACAAGUAAAUCAUAAGAAGAACCAUAACAACAAGCGUAAUGGAACUACCAGGACGAACAUGGAAUUAGAGGAAUUGGGUAAUGAAUUUAUGGAUGAUGAGGCUCUUCAUCAGAACUCUACUUCUGGAGGAGGAGUGAACGGUAAUUUAGUCAUGGACGAUGAUGAUGAAGAUGUAAAUGCACCCUAUUAUAAAUCCAACACGUUAACUUCGCCCUCAGAAGGAGCACUGGCUAGUAACAAUAACCUUGCAUCACCGGAAGAAGAAAAUCAUCAGGCACACGCAGUGGCUGCAACGCCUCUUCCAAUGAAACAAUUAGCUAUUGUGUUUUUCAUAUAUUUGGUGGAUAGUUUAAGCUUGACUGCAAUUUUUGCAUAUAUUGGAUUCAUGGUUGCAGAUUUCCAUAUUGUUGAUGAUCCUCAAAAAUUGGGUUAUUUUGCUGGCCUUAUUGCUUCCUCCUAUUAUCUCUCUCAAUUGUUUUCUAGCUUCUUUUGGGGUUAUUUGAGUGACGUUGUCGGAAGAAGACCAAUUUUAUUAAUUGGCGUGACACUUGGUUCUCUUUCGUGUUGUCUAUUUGGUUUUAGCAAAUGGCUGUGGUGGGCUAUUCUUUCGCGAUUCCUUUUUGGUUUGUUGAACGGUAAUUUGGGAGUGACCAAGAGCUAUUUAACAGAAAUUACAGACGGUACCAAUAGAGGCAAAGCAUUUAGUAUUGUAGGCGUAACGUUUGGUUUGGCUGCUGUGUUGGGCCCACUAAUUGGGGGAGUGUUUUCAAGACCAAACGUCCAAUAUCCAGAGUUUAUGAAACUAUUUCCAGAAUGGGUUCAAUACUGGUGUGACGUUUUUCCUUAUAUCAUUCCCAAUGUCAUGGUGACAAUCUUAGGUUUAAUUUCAGUCGUACUAGGUUAUUUCUAUUUAGAGGAAACCAACAAGGAAAGUAAAUAUUACAAGAAAUAUGUUCUGAAACAAAACACGACUCCAGCAAAGGAUUUAGAAGCUUCCUCCUCUGUACAACAAUCAAAAUCCUUAGCUGCUGCUGUCGAUACUGAUGAUGAGGCAGCCAUCCAACCUAAAAGAAAAAUCGAAUGGCGUGCACUAUUCAAACAUGAAAUAUUUGAGGGAAUUUCCCCUCUUGUCGGUUGUUUCUUGUACAUGUUGGUUGGUUUUGCUCAAGUCAUGUUUGAUGAAGUUUUUCCAUUGUAUGCCAUGUUACCAGUGUCAGAUAAUGGUUUAAAUUUCACGCCCUAUGAGAUUGGAAUUGUUGGAGCUAUUACAGGAGGUUUCAUUUUCCUUAAUCAAUUGGUAUUUGUGCCAUUCUUAAUGUCGAAACUUGGAUCCAUCAACGCAUUUCGUGUUGGUCUACUCAUUCACACAGUUUCUCUAGUUAUUUUCCCAGAAGUUUGUUGGUUUGGAAAUGAUCCUGAAAAUCCACAGACAUGGAAGAGUGUAAUUUUGUGGACUUCUCUGAGUAUUAUUUUGUUAGUAAGACAAAUCGGAGUGGGGCUCAUGUUCUCAUGCUCAUUCGUCUUCACAUCGAACUCGGUGACAAACAAGAGUCAAGGAGUUUUGAAUGGUGUCGCUCAAUCGAUGAUUUCCAUUGCAAGAAUGGUUGGUCCGCUCUUAAUUGGAGUGAGUUUUGCAGCAAUUGUUUCAAGCGGUAUUGGAUUUCCAAUCGAUCAUCGUUUAGUAUUCUACUUUAUUGGAGGAACGAGUGUUUUUUCAUUUGCAUUAACCUUUGCCAUGAAGAAGAAACUGAAUGUUCCAAAAGAUGAAUUAUUACAGUUAAUGAAUGAAAAGGGGCUGCCACUCGAAGAGGCAUAUCAAACGCUCUUCAAGAGAAAGGGUGCAGUUCAGCAUGCUGCAAUGGAGUAA